UCAAGAUGGGUGUAAAACUUGGUCUGUUGUUUUCUCUGGUGUUUAUCUGCGAGUUUGUGCAUGAUGCCAGAGCCAAACCAAAUAUAGUCUUCAUAGUAACAGACGAUAUGGGUUGGAAUGACAUCGGUUUUCACAACUCUGAGAUUAAAACCCCCAACAUCGACCGACUUGCCGGCGAGGGUAUGAUCCUCAACAUGUCGUACGCACAGCCAAUCUGCACGCCGUCUCGCUCGGCAUACCUCAGUGGGUGGUACCCAUUCAAAACCGGGAUGCAGCACGCGACCAUUGAAGAUAAGCAGCCGGACUGCGCCUCGUUUCCGAGUGGAACUCUUCCACAGGCGCUAAAAACCGAGGGCUAUACGACCCGGAUGAUUGGAAAAUGGCAUCUUGGAUUUUGCAAAUGGGAAUGCACGCCUACGUAUCUUGGAUUCGAUUCCUUUUUCGGCUUCUAUAAUGGUGCGGAAGGAUUUAUGAGUCAUAAACAUGCCGGGUAUCUGGAUUUCCGUGAAGACGAGAGCGCCACCAAUAACUACAGGGGAGAGUACUCGACAACACUGUUUGGAAACAAAGCUGUUGAGAUUAUUGAGAGUCACAAUACUGCAAAUCCACUGUUCCUAUACCUCGCGUUCCAGGCCCCCCACCUACCAAUGGAUGUUCCAAGUGAAUAUGAGGACCAAUACUCGCAGGUUACGGUUGCUGGUCGACGCAAAUUCCAAGGUAUGGUCACGGCGAUCGACGAUGCUGUCAGUGACGUGUAUGAUGCGCUCGUAGCGAGGGAAAUGGAGGCAAAUACACUGAUAGUGUUCACAUCCGAUAAUGGGGGUAACCUGCAGGGUUAUGGUAACAACUGGCCUCUAAGGGGCGGCAAGGCGACGAUCUGGGAGGGGGGUACCAGGGUGCCUGGGUUUGUACACGGAUACGGCCUCCAGAACACAGGCAUCACGUGGAACGGAAUGAUCCACGCCGUUGACUGGAUGCCGACGUUCAUCACGGCAGCUAUAGGGACGCCACCCGAUGGCCUGGACGGAGUGAGUCAGUGGGACGCCUUGCAGGCCGGCGGUUCGUCUGCCAGAACUAGUUUUAUCUACAACAUCGACACCAAGAAAGUUCCAAAACAAGGAAGAGCGGCUAUUAGGAUGGGCGACUUCAAGCUGAUAGAGGGAUAUCCUGGCGCCUAUGACGGGUGGUACCAACCGUUCACAGACAGCGAGGAUAAUAUUACGACUCUCGUGUACAGAGAUAGAAAACAGAGUGACGUCAUGCUUUUCAACAUUGCAGAUGACCCAGAGGAAACAAACGACAUAUCGCUGACUGACAAUACAGGCCAGGUCGCAAAGUUAACCGAGGAACUUCACCUACAGAUGGCUAAAAUGGUUGCCCCUGUUUCCUCUGACCUAGACCCGCAGGCUGAUCCGCGGAACUAUAACGACGUGUGGUCACCGGGCUGGUGUACCUAAAUGUGAACCGGAACGGAACGACGGGCUGGUGCAACUAUGCAACCACGGAGAGGCAUUACCAUUUCUAUUACUAUGCUUAUAAUUUAUAAAACUUUUAGAGUCUAGACUCAAAACUAAAUAUUCAGAAAAUGUACAAUGUCAUGACAACGCCAUACACACUUUAAUGAAUAAAUGAACAAUUAAAUUUCUGUUACAUUCAUUACAACAUAACGUCAUCCCAUUGGUCUAGACGUAACAACGAGAGUUUGUUCAAUUCUCGAUGAACGAAAACAUUACGUCAUCAGGGAACGUCAUAUCUGAUGACGGUAUAUGGGCAAGUUGUCCUAUUGAGUGUUAUUGUUUAUGGACCCAAAAUAAUUUUUAAUAAAGUAUGAACUUUUAGUGUUA